AUGUUGAGCAAACAUAUUGCAAAAAGGUUUAAGGGUCACAAUGUAGCAAUGAACCCAUUUUGUGGCGCCGGAGGAAACGCAAUACAAUUAGCAAUGAAAUAUGAAAAAGUCAUAGCAAUAGACAUUGACCCGAACAAAUUGGAAUUUGCUAAAAAAAAUGCAGAAAUUUACGGUGUGAGAGAUAAAAUUAAUUUCAUUAUGGGCAACUUUUUUGCUAUAGCUAAUGAUUUAAAAAAAUACAAGCCUGAAGUAAUUGUAACUUCAACUCCAUGGGGAGAACCAUCGUAUAAAAACCAUAAAACAUACAGUUUGGAGAAAAAUAUGUGUAGUGAAUACGACGGUGGCGGUCGAACGAUCUUCGAAUUGGCCCAAAGUAUUGCUCCAAACGUAACACUACACAUACCUAAGAGUACUGUUCGAAAUGAACUGUUCAAAUUAGGAAAAUACUUUAAUAACAACAUAGAAAUACAGAAUAACUUUAUCAAUGGAAAACUGGAUUCCAUCACCACAUUUUUGGUAGAUUCAAUAACAUGA